AUGCUCUCGCGGAUAGCUGGCCGGGCGGUCGUGGGCAGACGCCUGCUCGUCGCCGGCACGAGACAGUCCUCGACCUGGGGAGCUGUGCCCCAGGGGCCUCCAGACGCCAUCCUGGGCAUCACCGAGGCCUUCAAGGCCGACUCCUUCAAGGACAAGAUCAACCUCGGCGUCGGUGCCUACCGGGAUGACAAGGGAAAGCCAUACGUCCUGCCGUCCGUCAAGGCCGCCGAGUCCAAGGUCGUCUCCUCCAGCCUCGACAAGGAAUACGCCGGCAUCACCGGCAUCCCGGCCUUCACUGCCUCUGCCGCCAAACUCGCCUACGGAGCCACCAGCCCGCUCAUCGCCCAGGACCGCAUCGCCAUCACCCAGACCAUCUCGGGCACGGGAGCCCUGCGCGUCGCCGCCGCCUUCCUGCAGCGCUUCUACCCUCACUCCAAGACCGUCCACAUCCCCACGCCCAGCUGGGCCAACCACGCAGCCGUCUUCAAGGAUGCAGGCCUCACCGUCGAAAAGUACAGAUACUACGACCAGAACACCAUCGGGCUCGACUUUGAGGGCCUGCUGCAGGACAUGCAGAGUGCGGCGGACAAGAGUGUCUUCUUGCUGCAUGCCUGUGCACAUAACCCGACGGGCGUGGACCCGACGCAGGACCAGUGGCGCAAGAUUGCGGAGGUGAUGAAGCAGAAGGGCCAUUUUGCUUUCUUCGACAUGGCGUACCAAGGGUUUGCGAGUGGUGAUAUCCACCGUGAUGCCUUUGCGUUGAGAUAUUUCGCCGAGCAGGACAUGCCUUUGCUCUUGUGCCAGAGCUUUGCUAAGAACAUGGGCCUGUAUGGUGAACGUGUAGGUGCGUUCUCGGUUGCUUGUGCGUCUCCCGAAGAGAAGAAGCGCGUCGACUCGCAGAUCAAGAUCCUCGUGCGGCCGCUGUACUCCAACCCGCCCGUCCACGGCGCCCGCAUCGCCUCUGCCAUCAUGAACGACCCCCAGCUCAACGCCCAGUGGCUCGUCGAGCUCAAGGCCAUGGCCGACCGCAUCAUCGAGAUGCGCGCCCUGCUCAAGGAGAACCUCGAGAAGCUCGGCAGCAAGCACGACUGGAGCCACAUCACCUCCCAGAUCGGCAUGUUUGCGUACACCGGCCUCAAGCCAGACCAGAUGGAGAAGCUUGCUAAAGAGGUCAGUCCUUCUUCUUCUUCUUCUACUUCUUCUUCUUCUUCUGCUAACAUCCUCUAG